AUUUCCAGAAUUUCCAUUCUUAUUGACACCUUCAACAAUUUCUUCAUUUCUUCAACUCAAUUUUCUUCUCUGCACACACAUUACUGUCUGCAGCUGAAUUCUCUUCUUCUCAAUCAAUUCUGAUUUUCAAAUUCCAUUGAGAAGAAGAGAAAUUCUGAAAAAAAAACAUAGACAAUGCAUGAAGAUCUAGAGGAAUCGAAUUCUUCGAAAUGGAUACUUGAAAGCAUUGUAGUACAACAACAAGAAAAUGUAGAUGAUCCGACAAGUGUAAGGAAAACACCCAAGAACGUAGGGCAAUUCGAGACGAAUGAUCUCCAUGAAAGAAAAAAUGUUAGAACGACAGAAAAUGGGGGUAGCGUCAAAACAAGUGCAACAAAAGGAAUUCAGGGUUUAAGAUUUCUUGCAAGGACAAAAACAGGAAAAGAAGAUGAGGCAUGGAGAGCGGUCGAAAAACGAUUUAAUGAGCUUGCAUACGAAGAAAGACUUUAUAGAGAUAAUUUUGGAAAAUGUAUUGGAAUGGCGGAUACAAAGGAAUUCGCGAAUGAACUCUUUGAUGCAUUGGCGAGACGUCAUGGUACUGAUACAACCAUUGGUAUUAGCAAGGAUGAACUGAGAGAGUUUUGGGAUGAUAUGUCCAAUCGCGACCUCGAUGCUCGGCUGCAAAUUUUCUUUGACAUGUGUGACAAGAAUGGCGACGGGAAGCUGUCAGAGGAUGAAGUGAAGGAGGUAUUACUGUUAAGUGCUUCGGCAAAUAAGCUUGCAAAUAUCAAAAAUAAUGCAGCAUCUUACGCAUCUCUGAUCAUGGAAGAACUUGACCCUGAUCAUUUAGGAUACAUAGAGAUUUGGCAACUGGAGACUUUACUGCAAGGGAUGGUUAAAUCUGAAGAAGGUGAAACAUUUGCGAAAAAAAGCCAAACCCUGACCAGAACGAUGAUCCCAAAAGAAUACAGAACUCCAGUUAGCAAGUUUCUGAAACAGGCAUUUGAAUUUGUUUAUGAUAACUGGAGAAGAAUAUGGAUUGUCGUGAUAUGGCUGACUAUUAACAUAAUGGUAUUCAAUUGGAAGUUCCAGAAGUACCAGCAUCACCCAGCGUAUCAAAUCAUGGGCAAUUGUGUGUGCAUUGCCAAAGGUGCUGCUGAAGGACUUAAGCUCAAUAUGGCUUUGAUUCUCAUCCCUGUAUGUAGGACAUUACUUACUAGGCUCAGAUCGACAUUCCUUGGUAGCUUCAUUCCUUUCGAUGAUAACAUCAACUUUCACAAAGUGAUCGCCCUUACAAUCGCAAUUUUCACAUUCCUCCAUGUAACUGCUCACAUAAUGUGUGAUUUUCCGAGGCUGGUAUUUACUCCGAAUCCAAAAUUUAUGAGGUACCUAGGCGAAUACUUCGAUUACCAUCAGCCAACUUAUGGUGAGCUGGUAAACAGUAUCGUUGGUAUUUCUGGCAUACUGAUGCUCCUGAUAAUGUUGUUCUCAUUCACGUUGGCCCUUCAUAAGUUUCGUAAGAACGUUGUGAAAUUGCCGUAUCCAGUUCACCAUUUGGCAGGAUUCAACGCCUUCUGGUACGCUCAUCAUUUGCUUGCUGUUGCGUAUAUCCUCCUAGUCGUACAUGGCUACUACUUGUUUCUCACCAAGGAGUGGUACCGUAAGACGACAUGGAUGUAUAUUAUGGUCCCAGUUCUCUUGUACAUUGGUGAGAGAAUUGUGAGUUCACUUCGUGAAGGCAGCGAGCGCGUGGAUGUUAUUAAGGCAGUCAUAUAUCCAGGAAAUGUUCUUGCAUUGUAUAUGAGCAAGCCAGUAGGAUUCAAAUACAGGAGCGGCAUGUACAUAUUUGUCAAGUGUCCUGACGUAUCUCCCUUUGAAUGGCACCCGUUUUCUCUUACAUCUGCACCAGGGGAUGAUUACGUGAGUGUUCACAUUCGAACCUUAGGAGAUUGGACAACAGAGCUUAGAAACUUAUUUCAACAGGUUUGUGAUGCUCCCCCCACUCAACCAAAGAAAGGAAGACUUGCAAGAAUGGAGACUACAGCAGUGACAAAUUUCGAACAAUCACGUACCAUUUUCCCCAAGCUCCAAAUAGAUGGACCAUAUGGAGCUCCAGCUCAAAACUACAAGAAGUACGACAUUCUCUUGCUCAUUGGCCUGGGAAUUGGUGCAACUCCAUUUAUCAGUAUUCUGAAGGAUCUUUUGUACAAUUUGGGUGAUAUGGAAGGUUCGGUACAAAAUGGCAAAGGAAAGGGUCCAGGGAGGGCAUAUUUCUAUUGGGUUACAAGAGAGCAAGCUUCAUUUGAGUGGUUCAAAGGUGUCAUGGAUGAUGUUGCAGAGCACGAUCACAAUGAUGUGAUUGAAAUGCACAACUACUUGACUAGUGUGUAUGAAGAAGGUGAUGUGAGAUCAGCACUCAUUACCAUGGUUCAGUCACUGCAGCACGCGAAGAAUGGAAUUGAUAUUGUCUCUGACAGUAAGAUACGGACACAUUUUGCUCGACCAAACUGGAGGAAGGUGUUCACUGACCUAGCAAGAACCCAUAAAUCCUCUCGAAUAGGUGUUUUCUACUGUGGAAGUGCUACACUUACCGAACAACUGAAGAAACUUUGCCAUGAAUUCAGCCAUAGCACAUCAACUCGCUUCCAUUUCCACAAGGAAAACUUUUAGGAAAAUAGUUUACCAAACAAACAAACAAACAAACAAAAAUUGUAUACAAGAAUCACAUUCACCAUUUCUUAGCAUCAACGUGUGGUAGAACACCGUUCAAUUAGCUUUUUGCCGUACAAAAUGCUGUAUUGUGUUAGGUUUUGCAUGUAAAUUUUGAGAUAAAGGAAACAACACAGGAUAUAAAACUUCAAUAAUAGAUAGACUUUACUCGGUUUUGAGUGUA